AUGGUCUCUACGCACUCCGUCUAUACCAUUUACUGGUGUCAGUCUCGCAAGAAUGUGGACAACCACGUGGAAUGUCCACCACCGUCCAGACCGUCACCAUCCAACAGACAGCGAUUAGGACCACACACCAUACGCUUCCUACAGCUACAGAAGUUCCCUUUUAUGAGUUUGAGUGCUAUGCUCAUUUUCAAACUUGCCAAGAAGAAGGCCACACUAGAGGAGGUGGCAUAA